AUGGCCCGCGAGGAGCUCAUAUCCUCUGCAGUCUCGUUUCUUCAAGAUCCGUCCGUUUCGUCGGCGCCCUUAGAGAAGAAGGUUGCUUUCCUCCAGUCAAAAAACCUAACGAAAGAAGAAAUUGAUCUUGCUUUCGCGAGGGCGGGCGAAGAUAAAUCUGCGGUUCCUGCCUCAAAUCAAGUCGCCUCAUACCCUCAAUCAUCAAUUAGACAACAAUUUCCGUUGACUCAGGGCUAUGGAUACGGGCCGGGUCAAUGGCAGGCUCCUCCGCCGGAGCUUCCAAAGCGAGAUUGGCGAGAUUGGUUCAUUAUGGCCACAGUUGCCGGCGGUGUUAGCUAUGGACUAUACGUCGUAGCAAAGAGAUAUAUCACACCGUUGAUUGCCCCUCCAACACCUCCACAACUUCAGCAAGACAAAGACAGUAUUGAUGAGCAAUUCUCUCGUGCUUUCGAGCUCCUAGACCAGUUGUCCUCGGAUACAUCUGCAUUAAAAGCUACAGAGAACGCACGAACAGAGCGUCUGGAUGCAGCUCUCCGGGAUGUCGAAGAUGUGGUAGCUGAGCUGAAGAGCUCCUCGCGACGUCGUGACGAUGAGACUAGACGGAUGGGUGAGGAAAUCAGAAGCUUGAAAGAUGGAAUUCCUAAAGCCAUUGAAGGCUCGAGGGAAGGAAACGAAAAGCGACUACGAGAGUUAAGUGGAGAAUUGAAGAGUUUGAAAAUAUUGCUUGGGAGCCGUCUAGGCUCCAGCGCAACUCCAGGGCCCUCAACGGCGAGCGCAUCAAGUCAGGUGGAAGCAGAGAAAUCACCCACAUUACCACAGGCACCAAAUACAACGUCGUCCACCCCUGAGCCACCUAUGCCAGUGGCAUCUCCAACUCAGAGAGAAGCCUCCUCGAAAAGUCCAUUUGGAGCAUUGGGCAAGCCAGCAAGCAUACCUGCAUGGCAAAUGGCUGCAGCAAGCAAAGCAAAGGAUACUGUAGGAUCCUCUUCGACUAACAACGCUGAAAGCGCUUCUCCUCCAAGUUGA